AUGGCUGAAAAGAUGUAUUAUUGGGGGGAGGAUAGAGACCAGGUGGAUGCGGACCAAGCCUUCAUAGAGUUCAAGGCCAAGUCAGUCGGGUCGGAGAAGAGGAGAGAAUCAUCGCGGGCUGUUCCGAAGAUGACCGUCUCGUCGCCGCAGGGCAAAGUGACGGAAGUCGGGAACCGAGAGGAGGACACAGAACGGGGUGGAUGGGACAAUAAGCUCGACUUCCUCUUCUCUUGCAUCAGCGUGUCCGUGGGAUUGGGAAACGUCUGGCGCUUCCCCUACUUGUGCUACAAAAAUGGCGGCGGAGCGUUUCUUAUCACGUAUGGCAUCGCUAUGGUGUUCUGUGGGAUUCCCAUCUUCUUCCAAGAAGUUGCUAUUGGUCAAUACCUCGGCGUUGGAGGGAUGACCCUCGUAGGACAACUGUGUCCUUUGUUGCAAGGGGUUGGAUAUGCCACAAUGACGAUUGUGUUCUUCCUAGACGUGUAUUAUUGUAUCAUAAUUGCUUGGACACUUUUCUACCUUAUAAGUACCUUUGUGAACAUACCUGGGGUACCUUGGAAUGGCUGUGGCAAUUGGUGGAACAGUGAUAAAUGUUACGAUGCUUCCAACUCUACUGAUCAUUUACACGAUGUGAAUGCUAACAGUACGAAUUCAAUAAGUAAUAGCACAUUACAUCACACCACACCCGUCGAAGAAUAUUGGGAACGACGAGUUCUUGGGAUCACCUCCGGUAUCGAAAGCAUCGGUGGGAUACAAUGGGAGCUGUUGGGUUGUCUGAUUGUCGGCUGGCUGCUCGUUUACUUUAUCAUCCGGCGUGGUGGCGCCUGCGACGGUUUGCUAUACUACGUCACGCCCAGAUGGAAGGAGUUGCUAUCGCCCGGCCCAUGGAUCGACGGGGCCACGCAAAUAUUCUUCGCGUACAGUAUUGGUACCGGAGCUCUGCCUGCUUUGGGGUCGUACAAUAAGUUCCAUCAUAAUUGCUACAAAGAUGCACUGAUCACUUGUAUAGUGAACACCUUGACUUGUCUUCUGGCUGGUUGCGUGACCUUCUCCAUAUUGGGUCACAUCGCUUCCGAGCAGGGUACCGAAGUGUCCGAAGUAGUCAAAAGCGGGCCGGGUUUGGUGUUUCUUACGUAUCCCGAGGUCGUCCUGAAGCUUCCUGGCGCUUCCAUGUGGGCCAUUAUCUUCUUCGUCAUGCUGCUCAUACUUGGAAUCGACAGUGAAUUCUGCAUCGUAGAAUCGUUUAUUACUGGCAUGGUUGAUAACUGGCCUGAUCUCCUUCGACCACAUAGAAACAAGUUCACCAUCGCUAUCUGCGUUAUGAUGUUCGCCUUGGGAAUUCCUAUGGUGACAAAUGGUGGAGUUUACAUAUUUCAACUGAUGGAUUUCUACUCUGCUAGCGGUAUGUCGAUUCUUUGGGUCUGUUUCUUCCAAACGAUUGCGAUAUCGUGGAUCUUCGGGGCGCAGAAGUUCUGUGACUGCAUACACCAGAUGAUGGGCAUACGAAUGAAUAAAUUUUGGUAUAUAUGCUGGGUGGUGUUCGCGCCAGUAAUCAUGGUCUUUAUCUUUGUAUUCCAAUGUGUACAAUACAAACCAUUGAAAUACGGAAGCGAUUAUGAGUACCCAACAUGGGCGGAAAUCGUGGGAAUGUGUCUGAGUUUGUCAUCCAUGAUUUGGAUACCAGUUUACGCUCUCUAUUACGUUCUUGUAACACCAGGAUCAAUAAAAGAGAACAUCCUGAAAGGCUUGAAGCCAAACAUAAAACUGCAUCCGAAGUUACCGAAAGGCGAGAAGUCCGCAGUGAUACCGAUGUCCGAGAGCAGCGCCGGUUUAAUCACUAAAAACAACAGUUUCCUGAGUCAAACAUGA